AUGAACAGAAGACUUGGAACUUUUAUAGCUGGAGUAGUCGCAUUUUCGCCCCGCAUGGACACCCCUCGCAGUACUAACAAGCUCCUGGAGCACCUAACCAACCUUACAGAAAACAAGAAAUGGAGAAUAAUAAAAAUUGUAACAGCACAUGUUGGGCUGCACUUACAUAUGCACAUGCAGCCCUCGAUUCCUCAUGCUAUAGACGGAAGGAGCUACCAAAAGUUUUAUUUAACGACUUUAACGACAAAGAAAGCAAGACUACUUUUGACUAUUGGUGAGUUGACGGCGCGAGGAAAUCCUUCUCGGCCCAAGUAUAACUUGUGGCGAUCAAAGCAAGUUCAUAUCAGUCCCAGUGAUAUCGUUAUGCUCUCGGGUGAGCACCUUAUGGCUAAGGAGUUAUUACGUGACCAUUUUGGUAGUACCGCUCAAAUUGUUGGAAGUUCCUUGAUUGUUAAAAAUAAUCAAACUUUACCUAGUAUUUGCGAAGAUACAAAGCUUCAUAAAAAGAUAGUCCAGGAUGCACUUAUUACUUUGAUUCAACAUAAUGUAGUUCAGUUUCAUUUACAAACUUUUGUAAUCUAUGAAGUUUUGAUAUCUGAAAUAUUAUUACGUCUUCGCUAUGCUUGGUAUCUAGAAUAUGUUAGCUGUACUUAUGGAGAUAAGGAAGAAUCUCUACUUCAUUAUAUAAUUCAGCAGGGAAGGGCCUCUAAAAAAUCUGUAGUGGAUUCCACUUGUGUCUUAUAUAAAGUCAAGCCGAUGUUUAUUCUAAGUUCUUUUGAAAGUUUGGUGACUAAUAAACUUAUCAUUUCUGUUAAAGCCGAAGAUUCGGGCUCUUUCGAUUUAGGGAAGGCUACCAAUAACACCGAUUCUGAGCUUUGGCGUCUUCAUACAGCAGCGUUUCACGUGCACUUUCGAAAUAAGUUUAUAGCACACAGAGUUUCUGUGCUUUUGGACGAACGCGCUGGAAACAUCUGCAGAGAAUUUUUACGGUGCGCGAUAACAUCUGAGCUCAAUGAUAACAAACCUGUCUCCUUAUAUUCUUUAUGCGAGACUUUGAAAGACAUUUCUUUCGAGAUCACUUCCACCGAGCUGAGCGAAUACUUAGAAGCGUUUUGUUCGGAGGGAACGGACCUAAUAGAAAAGUGUGACGAAAGUCAAGGAGGAAUAUAUAGGCUUAACUAUGCCAAAGCGAAACGCUGUCUUCAACUUCAACUCGUGGAGUCUACAGUGCUGGAGAAAUACGGAUCCGCAUCCGCUCGUAUUUUUAGAUGCUUGAAAAAGUAUUCUAGUUUAGAGCAGCAGGAGGUUUCCCACUACUGUGUUCUCCCUUUGCAAGAAACUUGUUCGUCUCUCUCAAAGCUGUACGAAGAUGGCUUUCUCUUUUCUCAAGAAAUUCCCAAAGUUUAUGAUUUUUCGAGUUCCCUUGCUCUUUACUCGUUCGAUUUACCACGUGCUGUGUCCAAUAUAGUUCAUUUAUUACAUAAAACAUGCGCAAACUUGAUUAAUAGAAAGUUGUGCGAAGUAAAAAAGGCUAAUACGUUACUGGAAAAGCUUGAAGGAAAAGAGUUGGGUCUCAAGGCGUCUCUGUUAUAUACAGCGCCGUCAAGUUCUGAAAGAAUUUCGGAGACAGACAUAAAGGCUUUAAGUAAACUACAAGAGAGCAUUAAAAAAAUUCACGCUUCCUUAUUGAAAAUAGACGAGAUGCUCUUUAUUCUCAGAGAUCUGUAGUUACACUUUGUUCAUAUAAAAUA